AUGGAUGUGAAAAAGAGCAACAGAGCACUGACUAAAAGAAAGAGUUCUUGUCACUCAACCAAGAUCAUCAUAUCUAUUUUUCUACUGCUGCUGAUUCCCCUACUUAUCCAUUUGCAAGCUGCUCCUUUCUAUUUCUUUACUGCUCCCACUUCUGCUUCGCGGGCUUUUUUCAACAAAUGGAAAGGAAUAGCGCUCGACACAUCCAAUGGUCCUGCUAUCUCCAAGAACAGUGGCAGUUUGAUCUCAAAGCUCCGAGAUUCGGUCAUUUUCCUACCCCUGAAAGAUCUGAGGUUUGCUGAAACUGCCAUGGACGGGAACACUUGGUUUAUGAGCUCCUUGAACGACACCCGUGAAGUGAACGAAGCUGAAUACCUCUAUUUCCCUUCGCAAGCGUCCAAGGGACGGCUUCUAUGUAUCAAGGGGCGUCACACAAAAGAUGGGACCAAGAACUCAUAUGCCUUGGCUUGGCCAGAGGCUCUUCCAGACUCUGCCACACUCAUGAAGGGCUUGACCUUUGUGUCAGACACAUACUAUGAUUAUGGCAAUUUGUGGCAUGGAUUGACUAGUGUGGCCCCCUUUAUUGGUUGGUCUAUAAAAAACGAGUGCUUGAAGCCUACAAGAUGGGUAUUGUUCCAUUGGGGAGAGUUGAGGUACGAAAUGGGGUUAUGGUUGCAACACCUCAUGCAAGCUAACUUUGGAGAUGUUAACAUCGAGGGAUUUGAAAGGGGAGAUGGGCCUUGCUGCUUUGAGAAGGCAGUCGUGAUGAGACAUAACGAGGGAAGUAUGGGAAAGGAAAGGAAGCUUCAGGUUUUCGAUCUGUUACGAUGUAAUGCUAGAAGAUUUUGCGACAUAAGACAAGAGACCGGUGAAAGAGGUGAACCGGUUAUAAGGCUGAUGCUGCUCUUGAGGAGAGGUUCAAGAUCAUUCAAGAAUACAACAGCUGUUACAGACAUAUUUGCAAGGGAGUGUGCAAAGGUGGAGGGCUGCACAUUGAAGGUAGCUCAGUCAGAGGACCUAAGCUUCUGUGACCAGGUCAGAGUAAUGACUUACACCGAUGUUGUCACAUCCCCACAUGGUGCUCAAUUGGCAAACAUGCUUUUCAUGGACAGAAACAGUAGCGUGAUGGAGUUCUUCCCUAAGGGAUGGUUAGAGCUUGCCGGAGUGGGUCAGUAUGCAUAUCACUGGAUGGCAGACCAAUCUGGCAUGAAUCACCGAGAUGGGAAGGUUGGUCACAACGAAACCCAAUUUGCAGAUUGGGCAAGAACUGUUCUCAAACAAGUUAGGAUAAGCAAGAUGGAAAUGGCCACUGGGAGUACCACUAACAAGCCACAGCCAAAUUCAAUUGCCUCCAAGUGCUAG